AUGCAUGCGAAGGAAUCCACGAGGGUCGUUGGCAGCAAUUUUGACGGCUUCGGCCAAGUUGUCUGGUGGUCCGAGGUGAUGAGUGUCAAAGCGCUGCGGGUACAGGUGGUGGGCUCCCGGAAGACCGGCUGCGAAGCUAGCUUCACCGUACGAGACGAGGGCAAUAUAGAGCGUCUCAAGGGCUUGGAUGCAGAAAAGGCGCUGGACCCGACUCUCCAAGGCGAGUCCUCCCGGCUGGUAUCAGGCCUGCCCGAUACUCAACUACCGCAGACCCUCUACUCUCGUGGGAGAUCGUGA